GUAGGUGAUGCUGUACCCUGCCCCUUUUCAUCAAUGACCCCACGACCCCUUCUGAAGUCAGACAGUUGAGUAUGAACUAACCACGUCCUCCUCAGAGAUCUAACAGUAACCUGAUAGUACUCACAUAUCCGGGAUGAGCGCAUACCCCUAACCUCACCACGCCGGCAUUGUCGUGGCUGGCCGUCGCAGGACGGUCAUAUUCCUCUGCCAUGACCCGGCUGAUGCUGGGCCGGACUCUGGAGCGCAUCUGUAAAGGUGUGCUGCUGCUCUGCCUGCUCCAUUUCCUUAUCAUGAUGAUCCUGUACUUUGAUGUUUACUCGCAGCGCUUUGACCUCUUCAGCCGCUUCAACAAUGGCCGCAACGGAUCCAGGAAUAAUAUUAGUGGGGCAGGGAGUGGACAUCAUUAUUACUAUUACAACCUCUCCAGGCCCAACACAACUUUAGCCAGCUACCUAGCUACAGGGGAACAGCUGGUACCAAGUAUGCAGCCGGAGAACACUCAGACACCAUCUCCAAAACCACUGCCACCCUGUCCUGAAAACCCGCCUGGCCUUGUGGGGCGUUUGUUGAUCGAGUUCAGUUCCCAGAUGACGAUGGAACGAGUGCAGAAAGAAAACCCCAAUGUGACCGAGGGCGGCCGAUACACACCUCCUGACUGUCGGCCCAGAUGGAAGGUGGCCAUCAUCAUCCCGUUUCGUCACAGAGAGAAUCACCUAAAGUACUGGCUCCACUACCUCCACCCCAUUCUCAGACGGCAGAAGAUUGAUUACGGCAUCUACAUCAUCAACCAGCUGGGUGAGGACACUUUCAAUCGUGCCAAGUUGUUGAAUGUUGGCUACACAGAGGCUUUGAAGGACGCGGAGUAUGACUGCUUCAUCUUCAGUGAUGUUGACCUGAUCCCAAUGGACGACCGCAACCUCUACCACUGCUACGACCAGCCGAGACAUUUUGCCAUCGCCAUGGACAAGUUUGGCUUCAGGCUACCAUACGCAGGUUACUUUGGAGGUGUUUCGGGUCUCAGUAAAAAACAGUUCCUGAAGAUCAAUGGUUUCCCGAACGAGUACUGGGGCUGGGGAGGAGAAGACGACGACAUUUACAACAGGAUCACUCUGAAUGGGAUGAAGGUGUCUAGGCCAGACGUUCGCAUCGGCCGCUACAGAAUGAUUAAGCACGAGAGAGACAAACACAACGAGCCCAACCCACAGAGAUUCAAUAAAAUACAGAACACCAAGAACACAAUGAAGAAGGACGGCAUCAGCUCUCUGGCCUACAGACUGGUUCAAGUCAAGAAGUAUCCUCUGUACACGAACAUCUCUGUGGAGAUCGGCAAGCCACCACCUCGGCCCAUUAAGGGCUAGAAGAAAUGAAAGAGAGAAAGUGGAUGAUGAGGGGGAGGAUGCAUAUUAACUGGUCUAGAGUGAGGAAGAUGUGAAAGAACAGAACUUAAAGGAUGGGAAAUGUCUCACAGGCAUCUGAAAGAAUCUGAAAUUGAAAAUAAGAGAGUAAAACUUGGCACAAGCACAUCAUAGUGUCUCUUUCUGCCUCUUGUCCACUCUAUUCAGCUUGAUAUUUCUCUCUUUAAGGACUCAGGCUCUUUCCACCAACAACUUCUUCAGGCAGCCAGUGGGUGGUAUCACACCUGUAACAAUCGAUGACUGCAAAAUUAAUAACUUGUGGACCAAAGGUGGAUUAUCAGUGGCGUCAAACUUAAGUUUUUUUGUUUUGUUUUGUAUCAAACUGGAGGGCAACCAAUAGCAUAUCGACAAGGAGCAUUAACAGGAACUACUGUUGGGUGAUUAAAAGAAUAGACAAUGUCAUGUAACACUUUAUGGGAAUGUUGGCAAAGGAUUUCUCGAUGCAUCUUCAGACUGCUGCCACAAGAAAAUGGACUUUUUCAUGCAUAUUAAGACAGUU